AUGGACCAGACGAAACAAGAAGAGGACUAUGGAUACGACUUAUUCCCGGAGCGGAAGAACGGGAAUAACAAGAAGCAGACCUUCAUGUCGGGUCUGCUUACUUUCAACUGCAAGUGUCGUGUCAUGCUACAGUUCGCAAUGGAAACUAGUCCAUAUGCCAAACUCCUCCUCAGUGCCAUGAAAAGUUCAGGAUGCAAAGUAUUGAAAGAUCGCCAUUUUUCCUGUGAAGAUUGUGACGGGUCAGUCAGCGGUGGCUUUGACGCCACUUCUUCUCAAAUUGUUUUAUGUCAGAACAACAUCCACCAGCAGUCCCACAUGAACCGAGUGGUCACACAUGAGCUCAUCCAUGCCUUUGAUCACUGCCGGGCUCAUGUGGACUGGUUCAACAACUUUAGACACUUGGCUUGUUCUGAGAUUCGGGCAGCUAACCUCAGUGGAGACUGCUCCUUUAGCACCGAAGUCGCUAGAUUCAACUUUGGCUUGAAGAAGCAUCAUCAGGAAUGCGUCAGAGACCGCGCCCUCCGCUCCAUCCUGGCCGUGAGGAAAAUCAACAGAGAGGAGGCGGAGAAAAUAGUCGACGAUGUCUUCGACACGUGUUUCAACGACCACGCGCCCUUCGGGAGAAUCCCGCACAGCAAGAGGGACGCCAAGUUUGCCCAAAGUGAUUACGAGAGCAGAGAUCGGUAUUAUGCAAACCUAUAAUGUCGUUACGGUCUCAUUGAUCUCCCAAAGGGGCCUGUGACUGGCAGUGAUGCUGACAAGAGCUUGGCACGGCCUGGGUCAGCAAAAAAAAAAAAACAGAAGCCUCAACAGACUGACUUUGAAAACGAUCAUGUCUUUUCAGAAAGGAUUUCGUGGGAAGGAUUCGUCCUUGGAAUUUUGGAGUCAGGGUACAUUUCAUUUUGUAGCCAAAACAUGCUAAUUCUUUAAAAAAGAGAGAUACUGCAAGGACCGAUGUUUCUCUGCAGGUCAAGUAUAUGUUGAGGCAAAAGUGAUUUUUUUUUUUGUAAUUUUAUUUUAGAUCUGUGGGUGCUUUUAAGGAAAUCCAAUGAUUCUCCUCCAUUGAUGUUUUCUGUAAAAAUCCUUUGAUGACAAAGGAUUUACAGGGUUUCUCUGACAUUUCAUGUUGUUGCCAACUUGCCACGUUGUCACUCGUCUGUUUAUUGUAAAUAGAGGCGAUUAUUAUGAUUAAGUUAAACAGAAUCAAAAUGUUUUUUGAAAUAAAGUUUGAUUAUACUGAAAAAGUA